AUGCCGGGGACGUGCAAACCGAUCCGGAUAAACAGCGACACGACCUUGGCCGAGGUGAUCUUCGGCCGUUCCCGCCGCAUCUCGACGACCGUCACCCACUCCGCCCCCGUUGUCGCCGAAUGGAUCGACAAAACCAUCCAAGGCUGCAGCGGCGGCGGCCCCUGCCAACGCCACCUCGUCGGUCUGGAGGUCGCCUGCCAGCCGAACGGCAACAUCGUGCUCCUCCACCUCUGCGUCGGCAGCCGCUGCCUCAUCUACCAGCUGCUGCACCGCGACCCCGGCACCAGCCCACCUCGCGAGCUCUUCGCGUUCCUCGAUGAUGCCCGGUUCUGCUUCGCUGGGGCCGGCGUGGAUGUGGUGGCCUAUGGGCUGCAGAGGGAGCACGGUUUCUCGGUGAGGAACACGGUGGACCUCGGUGACAUGGCGGCGAGUAAGCUGGGACGGGAGGAGCUGCGGCGGGCCGGGCUGGAGCGACUGCUGAAGGAGGUGAUGCGGGUGGAGAUGGACAUGCCGGCGGAAGUGCAGAGGAGCGAGUGGUGGCGGCAAGAGCUGAGCGAGGAGCAGAUCUUCUACGCCUCCACCAUCGCCUUCGCCUCCUUCGAGCUCGGGAGGGUACUGCUAGGAGUUCCGUCCAUUUCUUGA